GUGAAAUUUGUCCAGAAUGAGGAGUAGCAUUGAAUUGUCGCCCAAUUGACAAGUCUCUUGAUUUUUGCUUCCUCGAAUCGCCCGUUCCUCUCGAGCGUCAGGGGAAAAUUGCCACUCGCGUUUGGGGAAGUGGUAUUCAGUACAAAGAAUAGUACUUUCGGCUCUAUUUCGACUACUAUCUAGAGCAAUGCAGAAUCACUUUUCAAUCUUGUGGAGGUCGUCUGUCAAUCACCACGCAUCAACAUAUUGUUGACAUUGCGAACCGCAUGCAGUCCGGAUGCACAUACUCCGCAGUUAGAGAUUUUAUUGAAGAAAGGCAAUGGACCGGCGAGCCAACAUCGGAAAAGGCCAUCGAUGCCUCGAAAGAUCCCACAGCCCGCCUUCUUCUUAUGGUUGAUGUGGGUGAAUUCCCGAAUUCAUAUUCGGGCCGGAAGACGCUGCUGUGGGUGGAAGGAUUGCUGCAGGAGUUUGUCAAGGAGACGCUCACGGAAUCAAUAUCCCUGCACCAUGAUAGGAUCAGAUUUAGCAGAGCCUUCAAAAUGUGUAAUCUGGACCGCAUCGCUGGAUUCAGAGUGGAGCUGACAUCCAACCUGUAUGAUCAUCUGCGAGUGAAGGAUGUUGAUAAAUCGGUCUGCGUAUUCCACCAUGCGUCGUUUCUGAUGGCGCACAAACAAUCAUAAUAGGACAUCAAUCUUUCCAGCAGGCCUCGUAGACGAGACGCUGGCGACGUUAGCCCUUCUUUUUCCACUUUGUGACAAAGAAAGUGAGAUGGUAGGAAAAGCAAUAUGAAUCUCAUGAAUUGGAGAGUAAUAUUGGACGAUGUGGAUGGCAAACAGGUGAAUUUGGGGAAUUCAGAUAUUGGCAUGAUCGGCUUGUUAUACUCAAAACCAAGUUCAACGACUCCAAGCCACCGACCAUCACACAGUGGUGGAAUGAUAGACGGGAGGGGGCCAGUGGUAUGCUAUAUGGUCUGCUAUUAUUUUCACUGUUCUGUUUGGCCUCGUGCAGAGCAUUGAGGGUGCCUUGCAAGUGUAUAAAGCAUAUAACCUGUGAUCUGACACUUGCAUUCCGAAAUGCCUUGCAACGAGAAUCCUUUUGUAAGGGGUCCCU